CGCGCGCGGCGGCGGUGCGGGUCCCGAUUGCUGCAGCCGCUUGUCAGUGUGACGAAGAUUGGCACCCGAGGUUUCUGUCUUCCACGUUGAUCUUCAGUGGGAUCUCUGCCCGGAACAAAAUAAUGUCUUCAGCUCAUUGAAGGAAAGGGAUCUUCAACUGGUAAAAUUUUUAAAGCUUAGUUCUUCAAUACUGAUAUAAAUGAAAAAGAACAGAAAACCUGGAAUUAUUAACCUGGAUGUAAUGUUUUUCAAGAAUAUUUGUUCACGCUUAUAAUGAUUUGACACAAUUAAUGUCUUAAUAACCAUGAUGGCAACACAGACAUUAAGUAUAGACAACUAUCAAGAUGGACAACAGAUGCAAGUGGUGACAGAGUUAAAAACUGAACAAGAUCCCAACUGCUCUGAAACUGAUGCAGAAGGGGUGAGUCCUGCCCCUGUAGAAUCUCAGACUCCAAUGGAUGCAGACAAGCAGGCCAUUUACAGGCACCCACUAUUUCCCUUGUUAGCAUUAUUAUUUGAAAAAUGUGAACAAUCUACGCAAGGCUCGGAAGGCACAACUUCUGCCAGUUUUGAUGUAGAUAUUGAAAACUUUGUAAGGAAGCAGGAGAAAGAAGGAAAACCUUUUUUCUGUGAAGAUCCAGAAACUGAUAAUUUGAUGGUAAAAGCAAUCCAAGUUCUGCGUAUCCAUCUGCUGGAGCUAGAAAAGGUUAAUGAACUCUGCAAGGAUUUCUGUAGUCGUUACAUUGCCUGCCUGAAGACAAAAAUGAAUAGUGAAACUCUAUUAAGUGGGGAGCCUGGAAGUCCUUAUUCACCUGUGCAAUCUCAGCAAAUUCCAAGUGCCAUUGCAGGCACACUCAGUCCCCAAGGGAUCAUGGUGCCUGCAUCAGCAUUGCAGCAGGGAAAUGUAACUAUGGCAACAGUAGCAGGGGGGACAGUGUAUCAGCCAGUCACUGUGGUCACUCCACAAGGACAAGUGGUGACACAGGCACUGUCACCUGGCACUAUUCGGAUCCAGAACUCUCAGCUCCAGUUGCAAUUAAACCAAGAUCUAGGCAUCUUGCAUCAAGAUGAUGGCUCAUCAAAAAAUAAGAGAGGAGUUCUUCCCAAGCACGCUACAAAUGUGAUGAGAUCUUGGCUUUUUCAGCACAUAGGGCAUCCAUAUCCAACAGAGGAUGAAAAGAAGCAGAUUGCAGCACAAACAAAUCUGACACUACUCCAGGUUAACAAUUGGUUUAUCAAUGCUAGAAGGCGAAUUCUUCAGCCAAUGCUGGAUUCCAGUUGUUCUGAAACUCCAAAAACAAAGAAGAAAACAGCCCAGAACCGACCAGUCCAGAGGUUCUGGCCUGACUCCAUUGCCUCAGGAGUUGCUCAGCAGCAAUCGAACGAGCUCACGAUGUCAGAUGGUGCUGUCGUGACCAUCACAGCUCCAGUGAACAUGAACGUGGACAGUCUGCAGUCCUUGUCCUCAGAUGGUGCUACCCUGGCUGUGCAGCAGGUGAUGAUGGCAGGGCAGAGCGAGGAUGAGUCAGUGGACAGUGGUGAAGAUGAUGGGGGAGACCUCUCGACAGCAAACAUCAGUGGGCUGGUCUUGGAUAACAGUGAUUCUCUGCAGUAGGAAGCCAGAGAGCGUGGAGAAAAUCACCUAGGAAAAAGAAUGGACUGACUGACUGACUUUUUAUAGUUUGCACAGCAAACAUUUUACACAAGUUUUAUUUCUAAUAUGUUUUAUAUGUAGAUAUAGAAGGGUGCACUUUUUUGUAUUUCAUAGUAAGCUUAAAGAGUGUUUUUGCAGGUGCAGCAACUUCUUUCAAAUGUGUUCUGGUUUUUUUUUUUUUUGUUUGUUUGUUUGUUUCUUUUCCUUUCUUUAUUUCAGAAAAUUAUAUCUAGUAAUAUAAAGAACCACGUAAGCACCCCUUUGUUCUCUGAAUUGGAAGUGCUGCAGUUUCUGAUGAAUUAUGCAGUUUCAAUUAGUGCUGUUAUUUAACACAGCUUUUGAUGGGCAGGUGAUGUAAAUUUAAAGCAUGUGACACUAGUGUGUGAGACUUGAUUAUUGAGUUAGAUGCAUAUAUUUGAAAGAUGCUUCUGCACCUUAAAAACUGCUAGUCUGAGGUGGACAGCAACACACAUAAAAAAGAAACUGUUGAUGUGUGAUUCAGUAGAGAAUGUAUGGCAAUUUAAAUAAGUUUAGUUUCUCUCAUAGUCCAUGAGCCUGUUUAUCAUUUGCUAUAAAAACUCCUAUUUUUACCUUGCUGGGGUUAUUGGAUAAAAAAAAAAAUAUUUUUAUAAAUUCACUAGAAAUUGGGAUGACAACUGUAUUAAGCAGGAGGAAAAAAAAAAAGAAUUUCCAGAGGGGAAAAGUAAAUGUUUAGUAUUCCUAUUUGGAAGGUCUGAAAAUUGACCCAAUUUAAUAAACAAGCCUACAGUAGCGUUCUAUGAUUCUCAGCUAUCCCACAGUGAUAUCCUAUAUUUGAUAGUAGCAUAAGAAGGGCCCACUGUUUGAUGGGAUUUUGAUAUUGUCAAACAUUGAUUUAUAUUAUGUGUAAACUAAUAUUCAAAUUGCAUAACUCUGUAUCUAGACUUGUAUCUGAAAAUAUUUGCUGAAUGAGUAUUCAGGUAAGUAAGUUCAAAUACCCACAAGUUUUCCAAUUAUUAGAGAAAUUUAACAGUUUAUAGUUUGUACAACUGAAUCUAAAAAAAUGAAAAGUUGCCUACUAUACAGUCAUGAAUUCUGCUAUUUUAUUGCAUUUGAAAUAUUUUCCCCUAAUACAAAAAGAAAAAUAUAACAUGGAUUUAUAUAAAAUUUCUUCAGAUCUGAAGUUUACUACCAUAAUAUACAGCAGGCUUUGUUAGAGUAGGAAAUCUUUUGUGUGUCAUUUGAAAAACGAAGAGCUGGUGAUGAAAACAGCUGGGUUUUGGUUUGGUUUUUUGGGGGGGGAUUUUUUUUGUUUUGUUUUUGGUUUUGGUUUUUUUUUUUUUUUUUGAUUGUGGUAACAGUUCAUUUCUUUUAUUUUCCCAAAGUUUGAAGUCUGUUAUUGUCUAUCCAUGAAAACUUGCUUUUACAUGGAACUUUGUAUUUCCCAUUGUUGAGUACAAAUAAGAGACUCAAGAACCUCAUGGUAUGAUCAACACCCUCUUUUGUCCCUGUCCAUUUGUCACAGUGUUCAAAGCCAGAACUUCAUUCUGAUUUAUUUCAAAUCUGGUAAUAUUGUGUUUCUGACGUGACAGGGAGAAAGGUGGUAGCCUUUAGAAUCUUCAGAUGCUGUAUUUGAACAAAGCCCUUGGGCAGAUGCAAAUAUUUAAUUGAAUACUUAAUUUCUGCUUCCCAGAACACUCAAGCACAUGCUUAGGUCCCCUUGAUUUCAGGAGGAUGAAGGAAUUUACUGCUGGACAUGAUUUGGUUGGAAGCUGCUCAUGACAGAUUGUCUUCCAAGGCAAGGUUGAUUUGGUAGGAAGAAAAGCUUCAGGAGGAAAUAUCAGUGCCACUACCAUACAUACAUGGAGAAUAACAAGUUUUCAAUGACUGUGAGUUUUGGGGUUUUUUAAUGUUUUUUACUCAACACAAGAUGUGUUUCAGCUCUAGCUCUCACCGAGUCCUGGCUGAGCAUCUUCCUUAGUUCAAGUGCUGUAAUGAUCUGCUCCACUGGACUGCUGAUUUGUAAGAGUUUGUUUUCUUCUCACUUCUCUGCUUUGCCACUAAUAUGCCAUGUGUGUUAAACAGCAGAGUAAAUGAAUAAUGAAAGAUGUAAUUAGGAAGGCUUUGACACAUAGCAUGGCUGUCUCAAAGGCUGUUGUCAAAUCCAGUUGACCCCAAAACACUUUAAAAGACAAACCAUGUACAAAUCCUGCUCCUUUGGAAGCAUUCAGCCCACUGCCCCUACAAAAGAUAGCUUAGAUUACUGGAACUCAGAUUCUGUUUUUUUGUUUUUACUUGUUUUUAACUUCUUCAUCACCCCUACUGUCUCCAUUCAAUAGCGGGUUAUAUUUGUUGGUUUGUUUGGGGUUUUUAUUGGAAACAACCAGGCCUCAAAACCUCAGGGUUUGCAAACGUCUGAAAAUUUAUUUUUCAGAAAGAAGCCAUUUUCUAGUCAGCUUUCUUUUUUUUUUUUUUUUUUUAAUUACUAUUCCCCCCACCUUAAGUGCAGCAGUUCUCUUUCUUCCAAAACAUGACCUUGUCUUCAGCUGCUUUAUCAGUUCCUGGAGACUGAAGUUGACAGAAUUUACUGUGAAAGGAGAAUAUGGAAUAGUUUCACUGUCAGAUUAGAAACAUAAAAAGAUCUAGGAACGUGAAUUCCUAAAACUAAAAAGCCUUCACCAGUGUAAAAGUAUUGCUCAACAUAUGAAACUCAAACUUUUUCUGUUAAUUCAGUGAGAAUUCUGUAGUGGGUGCAAACUGCAGGGAAGUGCUUGUUCUUUUCAUGAUUUAAAAGAAGAAAAAACAAGUACAGUUUUUUUUUCCUUCUUUUUCUGUGUAGGAAAGGUUGCUGGUUUCAGCAAAGCAUCACCAUUCAGAAAAGGUACAUGUUUACAUUAGUUUAAAAGUAUUUAUAGAGGACCUAACUUCAAGUCUCUUGUAUAGUUCCCUCCCUCCCUGCCCCCAAUUAAAGUCAUAUUCGUAUGCAAUAGAACUAAUUUGGUUUUUGAAUCAUUGUGAUUCUUCUGCAAAUAUGAUUAUUGAAACUUUUAAUUUUUUUUUCAAUCUAACUCAAAACAGCAUUCUCAGUCCAAUUUUUUCAAUAUUCCUGGAACAGGCAAGGCAUUUUUUUUUUUUUUUUAAUUUUUAACUUUGGAAACAUUGCAGUUCAGUAAAUCAAUUCCAAAACUAUCAGGAUAAGUUUCUGAAUGACUGUUACAAAGAAAUAAUCGCAUUGGAUAAUACUCAGAAUCAACUCUGGCUCUGCAGAAGGUUUUCUACAUCUGGAUAUUGUGUCACAGUGGAGUCCUGCUGACCUCAGGGAGGCUCCAUAUGGAUUGGAUCCAUGUCAGGCUGCAUUUCCCUUUUUCUGGUACCUGAUCUCUGUCAGGAAUCUUUUGGAGAGCCCUCCAGCUGUGCUUUGCCUGCAUACCUGGGUCUUUUUCCAGUGGAAACCUGGGUAAGGAUGAAGGGCUUGGCAGGGCAGGAUUUCAUGGUGACCUGGGGUGCAACAAUUUUUUAUUUUUUUUUUUAAUGUUCAAAAACACAGCCAGGAGCCAGACCUGCAGUGAGGAGUUGCAGGUCCCAGUUCUGUGCUUUCCAAGUAGCUUUAGGUUUGUGGAUAUUGGAAUGGAAUAGGAGCACAUGUAGCUCAAACCCCAGCUCCUGGCCUGAGAUGGGCUCAGCUGGGCAGAACGUGGUGCCAGUGACACCCAGGGCACAGCUUGGAGCCCCACGUGGGCCAUUCACUGGGGAGCUGGACUCCUUGUGAGUCCCUUCCACCUCAAAUAUGGAUUGUUUUCUGGAAGAAUCACAAGUCCACCUUCUUGACUUUAGGAACUUAGCAGCCCAUGGGAUAAAACAAAGCCUUUCCAAGGGAUGGUAGUUGCACUUAAAAAAAAAAAAAUCCAGAACACCCUGGUGUUUUGAAAAAUUGGAACACAUGCAUUUAAUUGUAAUUGAAGUUAAUUUAACAUUUUAUUUUCUGAAGUUGAGUUGUCUUGGGAGAAAAGAAAUGAAUAAGUAUUUGUCUAUGCAAGACACAAAUGUCAAAAAUGUGUGAAUUACCCAUUUUUAGGUACUGUAUUGUUAUUGUCUUUCUGACUUCUGUUCCUUUGAUUAGUCUCUUCAACCUUUCAGCCUUACAUUUGGCUUAGAGUUGAAUAGGCAAAAUGUAGUUUUGAAAUCCUGUCGGAAAUGUAACUAACCUUCAUUCCCUCAUGAAAAUCUCGCAUGUUAAACAAUUAAGUGAAAUGUUUUGGUUUCCUAAUAAUAAAUUCAAACUCUCACCACCUCCUGAAAACAGCAUAUCCGUGAACAUGCACGUUUAACUGUGGUGUGCAAACCACCCCACAUCAGCUGGAUGUGCUUUGCUCUUGGCUCUGCAGAGGAGCUGGGGACAAAAGCAGGUUCGUGGAUUCCUUCCCCCCCUCCCCUGCCCUUGGCAUGCUAAACUCCUCCUGUGCUGUUUAAUUUUCAAGUCCUGCAGUAACCUGAUGGUCCAGCACACAGUGCAGUGAAAUUGGUGCUGAUGUGGUUUUUGGUGAUUGCCUAAAUCAGGUAAUUUGUUCAUUGUUCUCACCUGGAAAUACAAAAUCCAUCCCUUUUCUGUGACUAAAUUCUUUAGGACCUGCUGAACAUAGCUGGUUUUGCCAGAGAAAAGCAAGGUGUGAGAAGGCAGGGAAAUGCCUUUCCAACCUUGUAGACACCCAUAAAGAUUCACAGUUGGUGUAAAUAAAAUCCAGUGUUUCAGGUCAUGACAGAAGCUGCCCAUAACCUGCCUGUGGAUUAGCAGCACUGGGUCUGUACAAUCAACAAUCUUUAAAAUGUGAACCCUGCAACUUUUCUUUCCUUGGUUGUUAAGGGAUUUUGGAGUGACUGAUCUAUCAAGGGAUGAAAUUAAAAAUGAGAAUAUGCUUCAUGGAUGAUUUGUUUUUACACUGCUGCUCUCUGUGAACAGAAAAAGCACACAUUUUGGAAGCAAAGCAUUUACAUUACUUUAACAGUAUUGUUUGGCUGAAAGACAAAUACAUUUUCAGGAAAUCUUGAGCAUAGUUUCAAACUGUUUAACCAGUUCUUGGCCAAGGAAAGUCCUUGGCCCUUGUAUUUGUUUCGGGUUUCUUGUUUAUGCAAAUGAAGAAAAAUGUUUACUAGUUCUUACCAGUGUGGGGAUUUUUAUUACACUUUUGUAAUGCAGGAGCAGCUUUGAUAAAAGAAAGAAAGAAUUAGGAGGUAAAUAGUCCAUAAUGUUUGUGACUUUGGGUGGGUUUUUUUGUUUUGGUUUUUUUUGUUUGUUUUUUUUUUGUUGUUAUUUCAAAAUUAUUAAUUAAAAUGGCAUGGACAUCAGACUUCAA